GGCGGCUAUAAAUAGCCAUUCAUUGUCAGUGCGUGUGAAAAGACGAGCGUGAGUGUGCUGGUCUGAUUCAGGCCCAAUUAAACGGCUGUCUGGACAGAGCUAUAAACGAAGCUGCUGGGACUGGGAAUCGGGCACCACCAGCAGCUGGACACUCACGAAAAGGACGCUGUUCAACGCCAGAGUUGCCUCUGCUAUGGCAAAAAUCAUCUUGAGGCACCUCAUAGAGACCCCAGUGCGUUAUCAGGAGGAGUUUGAAGCUCGUGGUUUGGAAGACUGCAGACUGGAUCAUGCUCUAUAUGCACUGCCCGGACCGACCAUCGAGGACCUGAGGAAAGCCAGAGGCACCCCGCCAGCUCUUGCAGAGGACUCAGCCUCCACCUCAACGCCACCUGAAGAAAGCAAAUGCCGCUUCCAGAUCCUCCUGGAUGUGGUCCAGUUCCUGCCCGAGGAUAUCAUCAUCCAGACCUUCGAGGGCUGGCUGCUGAUCAAAGCGCAGCAUGGAACCAGAAUGGACGAGCAUGGGUUUAUAUCCCGGAGUUUCACCAGACAGUACAAACUGCCAGAUGGCGUCGAAACCAAAGAUUUGUCUGCCAUCCUCUGUCACGAUGGAAUCUUGGUGGUGGAGGUAAAGGAUCCGCUAGUGACCAAGUAAAACCUUAUCGGUUCUUGUUCACACCACAGGAGGAAGAUGAAAGCCAGCGACCCCCGGGAAUGUUUAACUUUUGAGAUGGCUUACUGUAACUUUUAUGAGGAUUAAAAACGUAUCCACAGUU